UCUGGACACUGAAUUGUUUUAGCCUAGGCCCAGGUUUUCUCGGCCAAUUCCACAAAAAUAAAUAAAUGGCGGCCGAAAUGGGCCUUCAUGCGAACAUCAGUUACAAACAGCUCCACGAGAGAUUUGUUAGCGAUUUAAACGGAACAUCGCUAUUUGAAAUCAACGCAGUUACUCAUUCUGCUCCAGCAGCCGUUUUAUUAAGGACAAUUUUAUUUAAUGUUUUGUUUACAAAGGAAGAAAAGUUCUCAAAGUUAGUCUUCUGUUGCGUGGUCUUUGUGGUGGAUUACUGCUCCUUAGUCAUACCUGUGUUCCUGGCAUUCACAGUACUAGCUGAUCACAUACAUUCUUUGCUAAUAACCUGUUUGUGUCUGUCUAUGGGAAUGCUACUUCUGCAAUCAAUGAAGAGCAACAAAGUUCAAAGUCAGCAUUUCCAAACCCUCUCAUCUGCUGACAUGUCAAGGAAACGGCCCUUCAUUGGGGGCUUUAGAGCAUAUGUUCUGAUCACUACAGCUAUCGCCAUACUUGCUGUGGAUUUUGUCAUCUUUCCUCGACGUUUUGCCAAAGCCGAAACCUAUGGAAGUGGGUUGAUGGAUAUGGGAGUUGGAGCAUUUAUAAUUUCUAAUGCCAUUGUAUCUCCAGAAGCAAGAGACAUUUAUUCAAGUGAUACUGGUUUUAUUUCAGCGGUCUUCAGGUCUUUAAAGUCGUCUUUGCUGCUACUAGUUCUUGGUGUCAUGCGGUUUUUAUCUGUGAAAGGUACAGAUUACCAAGAGCACGCUAGCGAGUAUGGCACUCACUGGAACUUUUUCUUCACAUUAUUUGUUGUAAGGUAUACUGAAAUAAUUUUCUGUUACAGCAUGAUCUUUGCGGUGGAUUACUGCUCCUUAGUCAUUCCUGUUUUCCUGGCAUUCACGGUACUCGCUGAUCACAUAAAUUCAUUGAUUAUAACCUGUUUGUGUAUGUCUAUGGGAAUGCUACUUCUGCAAUCAAUGAAGAACAACAAAGUACAGAGUCAGCAUUUCCGAUCCCUCUCAUCUGCUGACAUGUCAAGGAAACGGCCCUUCAUUGCAUGCUUUAGAGCAUAUGUUCUGAUUACAACAGCCAUUGCCAUACUUGCCGUGGAUUUUGUCAUCUUCCCUCGACGUUUUGCCAAAGCUGAAACCUAUGGAAGUGGGUUGAUGGAUAUGGGAGUUGGGGCAUUUAUAAUUUCCAAUGCCAUUGUUUCUCCAGAAGCAAGAGACAUUUACUCAAGUGAUACUGGUUUUAUUUCAGCGGUCUUCAGGUCUUUAAAGUCGUCUUUGCCGCUACUAGUGCUUGGUGUCAUGCGGUUUUUAUCUGUGAAAGGUACAGAUUAUCAAGAACAUGCUAGCGAGUAUGGCACUCACUGGAACUUUUUCUUCACAUUAUUUGUUGUGAGGGUGAGUGAAAAUGCUCUGACACUUAUUUUCCUUUAA